AUGGCGCUUUUAUACAGGUUCGUAAAGAUACAGGAUCGUACAAACACGCACGUAUUUACAUUUGUCGUAACGAAAAGUGUUACGAGAGAUUUGGAAAGAGACAUAACGUCAAAAGAAUUUAUGUGCGGGUAUCAAAAAUGGGCAAUAACAUUUUCUCGUACGGAUAAAGUAUUGGGAGUUUUUUUAGUAUGGCGUAAUGCAUCCGAGGGUAUGCGUUUAUAUAUUGAUUUUACAUUUACCAUUCUUAAUAGAGAACAUUUUAGCGUAAACGAAUCAUUUACCGGUAAACAAAUAAAAUUUACAUACGAAUCACCCGCUCACGGUAAUAGAAAUUACAUACCCGUUAACGAUUUAUAUAAGAGAAAUUUUACCGAUACAAAUGGAGAAUUUCAAUUGGAAUUAACAUUGGGUAACGUUCGUACAAUUUAUGAAACACAUUUUCGAGUGCCUCAUUCUAUUUUCAGUACGUUCGCGUCACAAUAUCAAACCGAUCAUCAUCAUCAUCAUUCCUUUUCCUCAUCAUCUUCAUCAUCAUCUCCUUCUACUAAAAAUCCAUUACAAACGAGAAGUGGUAGCGGUAGUAGUGGUAGCGGUGGUGGUGGUGGUGGUGGUAGUGGCGGUAAUUCUAAAUUCGAAUCGACUUAUUUUACUUUUGGAGGAUUCGAUUGGAACAUCACCCUUUAUCCCCACUCACACAUAGAGCCUUACGAUCACGAAAAAAUUUCCUUUUAUUUAAAUCGACUUACCGGUUUCGAUCAUCAGUGCCGUAUCCGUUACGUCGUAAAUUUGGGCGAAGGAGAAAAAUUGAUGGAUUCGGGUAUUAUUGAAAAUGUAUCCGAUAUAGAGGGAAAAGUUCAGGGAUGGCAUCCCCGCGUUAAAUUCGAAGAUCUCGUUAGAAAGGGAAUAAUUAAAGUCAGAAUUGAAAUGAUUGCUGCGAAUACGAUAAGCGAAGUUAAUUUUUCAUUUAAAACAAAUUUAACAUCGUCACCCAACAUUCAUCCACAAAGACUUCAAACGGAAAGUUUGAUGGCGAGUCCACAAGUGGCACAAUGCUACGACAGAGACAAACAAGGAUGGACGUUAAAAACCGAUUGUCAUUCGGACAUGGUACGAUUGCAUAUGGUUUACAAAGAUAUUCACAACGUACCGCGAAAUCAUUUGAGAAUUGAUUCGGUACCAUUACCGGGUUCACCCUUCAGUCAUUACUACGCUCAAGAAAAUGCAGACGAAGGAAUUAUGAUCGAAACAAAUGUCACCAUUAAAGAAUUAAAAGAAUUGGCAUCAUCAUCAUUAUCAGAAAAAAGUUCAAUUCGUAUACAAAUCGAAUGGUGCGAAAGUUAUUUACUAUUUCAAGCCAACUAUCACAAAUACGAUGACAUGUGUCGAACACACAGUUUUCAAAUGAGUUUGGAAAGGCAACUUUUCAGUUAUCAAAAAAGUAUUUCUUAUGCUCAUUCGAGAAGAACAUUUUCCGAUGUUGGCACUCCCGAAGGUAUAGAAGAAGAAUAUUUACCUUAUUAUAAAGAAAGAAAUUAUUCUUUCGGUGAUAGAAGUCUAUCUACCGACACGGAAUAUGCAUAA